UGCUGAAAUAUAUAAUUUUAUUAUAAAACACACUGAAUGCUCAUUUUACCGGGGACUAUUUUAAUUUACGCGCGUUAGUAUGUCGAGUUCAUACGUUGUCACUAAUAUUAUAACCCACAAUAAAGACUGUUGUGUUUUUUCUUUUUUUAAUUAUGGUUCAAGUAACCCCGUCACGUUUGGACACUUGGUAGAGUCCAAUGUCCUCUGCUUGUUGUAUGAGCAGCUGAAGGCCACGACUCGGUGUAAACACAAGGACCCAUGGCCAAAUUUCUGGAAUUUGCCCGUACACACUGGACGAACAUACUGGUGCCAAUGGGCUUUGUGAUAGGAUGGUACCUUGACAGAGUACAGGACAGCAAGCUGACAGCUUUCAGGAACAAAAGUGCUUUGUACAGCAGGGAGCUGAAGCCUGGUGAGGAGGUCACCUGGAAGUAGACGAGCGUGACCUGGAACAUGUCUCGUUGUCUCUGGUGUGAAUGGCCCUCAAAUCAGAAUAUUUAAGAAGACCCCCUUAUCUCUGUUUUUGAUCUGGAUCAAGCAAAUAUCUGUAAUUUCUUGAGUUGUAUCAACUGAUAAUAAACAUGCCCUUUCUCAUGAGAA